AUGAGUUUCCCUGAUUAUAUAGACUAACUUAAUUACGAUUCAAAUUCAAGUGAUUUGUAAUUCGAACAAGAUGAGUAACCCAGCAAAAGGUAAAAUAAUAGCUCCAAGAAUAAAAAGCAAAGACCAAACACAAAAAACACAUAUAUAAACAAGAUAUCUUCCUUGAUUAAGAUUACGAAUUAAGAGUAGCAAUCAGACGAAAAAGUCGGCAAAAGACAAGUUCCUAGUAAGAUCUAAAGCCAACUCAUUGUUGGAAGUUCUAAUUGUGAUAAAGAAGACAAGUUGGCCAAAAAUAGAGAAUCGGCGAGAAAUAGUAGAAAAAGAAAGAAAAUCUACCUAGAACUACUUGAAACUAAGGUCACUAAAUUAUCUGAGCAAUUAGAAAUUUUUAAAAGAGUAAAUGAAUAAACAACGGAGUUGGCGACAAAUUUGUAAAACAAAAUACAUUAGGUAACAGAAUAUUAAUGUUAGAAAUAAGAUUAGGAUUAGAAUAAAAUAACAUUGUUUUAGAAUUUACAAAACUCAGUUUAAAGUAAUAUUAAUGAAAUGAAUAUUGACACAAUCAUAGAAUCUCUGAAUAAAAAAUUCGGAUCAGGAGCUUUAGAGAGACAACAAUAAAUAGAUCAUUACGCUCGUCAAAUAUAUGAGAAUUGCCUAUCUCCAUAUUUAAAUUACGUUAUUGGAGUAGCUAAAACAGAUUAGGAUGUUUUCUCAACAUCUGAGGUUUAGUCUGAACAUGGUGUAUUGAGGAGUUUAAAAUUAACAGAUAAGUAAAAACAAAUACUGUAGAAGAAGUAGAAAAAAUUGAUCAGAUUUUAAAAUGAAUUGACUAAUACUCUUUCAUCAUUUCAAGAUAUUAAAAAUUAAGUCUAACUUGAAUUAGGUGCUUAUGGGCAGACUCUAGAAUAAUUAAGAAAAGAAUUGAAACCAAGUCAAGUGGCCAAAUUUUUAUUAUAAAUUGAAAAAAAGGACAUGUAACAUCAAUUUAAGGAUUAAUUUGAAAAAUGUUUUGGCUCAGAACUUGAUGAAGAUGAUUCUUUAGAUCUUUAUUAAUUCAUGGCUGAACAUAAUUAUUGUAAUACACUUGGUAUUGAUAUACAAAAUACAUAUUAAAUUUACAAAUAGUCAAAUGAUUUCUUGAAAGGUAAAAUAGAUGUAGAGGAAUCCUAGUAAGCAUCAACUAAAAUUGAGUGA